AUGGAGCAGAUGUCUUCUACAAAGCUCUUCCUGAACUUUUCAUUUGUGUUACUACGACGGGAAUCGUGGAAUGAAGAGCGUAAAAACGAGAGAAUCGGUGCUAUUGACGAUAUGCUUGCUGAAUUAUGCGAAAGAAACGCAAUCCGUCCACUUGCAUUAGAAAGUCUUCCUGGCUAUCAGUUGCAAAUGGAACCUUUCGAGGAACUCGAUGAUGAAUUGGGUAAUAUUUUUGAAGAAGAACACCCGUAUAGUGUCAGCAUAUCAAGUACGUUUUUACCAAAAUGUGAUUAUAACUAA